GGAGGGAGGGAGGGAGAGAGCAACUGCUAAAAUCGCCGCCGAUCGGGACCAACUCAGUAUGCAAUUAAAGCCCUUCAACUCCUUCAGCAUCGCCUUCAUGAUGAGCGGCGCACUCUUGCUCGUUUUCUUCUGCAGCUUCCUCGAAUUCCCUUUUCUAUCAACCUCAAUCAAACCCAUCAACGAUCCGACCAAGUUCACACCCGACCCCUUUACCAACUUGAUCGGCGCCUUCAGGAAGUGGGAUGCCCAAGUGGGUUGCUCUCGUUUCAGAGAGAAGCACAAGCUGCAGAUGUUGCAGAACAAGUCUUCUUCUCUGCAACAAAUUCGCGGCGAAUCGGAGUGUGGGGAGGCGAAAUCGGAGCAUGUUAGCGUGCUGGUGAAAGGGUGGACUUGGAUUCCUGAUAAUUUGGAUAGUUUGUAUUCAUGCUCGUGUGGGUUGAGCUGUUUGUGGACUAAAUCUCCUGUUCUUGCUGACAAGCCUGAUGCUUUGCUGUUUGAGACUACUACACCUCCCCUUCAGAGACACAGUGGAGAUCCACUUCGCGUGUACAUGGAUCUUGAGGCUGGCAGGAAGCGAUCUGGUGUUGAGGAUAUAUUUAUAAGUUAUCACGCCAAAGAUGAUGUGCAAUCCACCUAUGCCGGUGCACUCUUUCACAAUGGUCGAAAUUAUCACGUGUCUCCCUAUAAAAACAAUGAUACACUUGUUUAUUGGUCAUCAUCACGCUGUCUGUCUCAAAGAAAUAUUCUUGCCCAUAAGCUUCUCAGCUUACUACCUCACCAUUCAUUCGGCAAGUGCUUGAACAACGUCGGUGGCUUGGACAUGGCCCUUUCUUUCUACCCCGAUUGUGCCGGUGAUACGGCCACCCAGAAAUGGUGGGACCAUUUGCAUUGUGCCAUGUCUCACUAUAAGUUUGUUCUUGCUAUCGAAAACACAAUGACAGAGAGUUACGUGACGGAGAAGCUAUUUUAUGCCCUAGAUUCCGGUUCAGUUCCAAUCUACUUUGGUGCCCCUAAUGUCUGGGACUUUGUUCCUCCCCAUUCGAUAAUCGAUGGCACUAAAUUUAAGAGCUUGGAGGAAUUGGCGUCUUACGUGAAGUCCCUCGCCAACGACCCAGUUGCGUAUGCCGAGUACCAUGCGUGGCGAAGAUGCGGGGUAAUGGCGAAUUACGUCAAAACCCGCGCAUUGAGCCUCGACACAUUACCAUGCAGACUCUGCGAAGCUGUUAGCAGAAAAGGUGGGAGAAAUGGAAGAACCAAGUGAAAUUUUUAUGUUUUAUGUAUAAUUUGUAUACAAGCACAGCUGAUACAUGUAUUAGUGAAAAGAAGAGAAAACUGGGAAUUGAUUAGAAAUGAAAUUAACGGACAAUUUUUGUCGAAUUUAUUUU